CGCCGCCCCGGCUCCGGCCGCCGGGGCCGGGCGAGCGGGGCGGGGCGAUGGGCGAUGGACGCCGGCGCUGGCGGGGCAGAAGCUUUUGUUUGGGUUAAUGAUGCAUUGGCUCAUUCCCAGAGUGUUGCCAAGGCCAAAUAUGAAUUUCUGUUCUGUGGGACAGAAACAGAGAAACCUUCAGAAACAGGUGGACAAGGAGAUAGCACUCUGCUCCCACAUAACGUCUCCAAUGAAUUUCCAGAAUAUGGCACUAUGGAGCAAGGUGCAGAAGCACUGAGAAGUUCAUCUGAGUUUCUAGCAGAGGCUAUAACAUGCAGUCCAGAAAGGAGGGGGGAUGACCAGUUGCCUACUCUUCUUGCAAGUGGCACUUACGCAAAUGAGCCAAAAUCUUGCAUUGAGGUAUCACUGCUACCAUCAAAAGAAGAAACUUUGCCACGUACUGAUAGACAGACUGGGAUUAUGAAAAUUUCUCAAGAGCUAGAAGCUGCAAAAAUACAGAAGGGAGCAAACGCUUCUCUUUAUUCAGAGCUGCAAAUGGAAAAAGAAAGGAAUAUUGGCAGCCAAGACGUACAGGCAGCCAGAGAAUUGGUUCCAGCAGGCCAAGAAAAACCCUCAGACAAGCCUCUUCCAUCUGAAGUAAGAGCUGAGGAGAAAUUGUAUUUGAUCAUAGAAAAAGAUCUGGCUGCAAUAGUAACUGGAGAAAUGCAGUCAGAGUCCUUGCAAGCCAUCAAUAAUAAAACUGAGGAGGUCCCCAAAGUGAAGGAGACAAGCUGUCACAGACCAUCUGUACCAGCCCUGGAGGCAGAUAGCAAAGUUGGGGGCGUUAUCAGUAUUCUGGGGGAGGGAUGGUCAGAUUUUGAGAAGGAAUUUUCAGCGUACAAUCCAGGCGAGAUGCAAGCGGGUCCUGGGAGGAGGAUAUCGAAAGAGGCAGCUGUGAGCAAACAUGUAGAAUUUCAAGGGGUGGAGAUUUUAUGGAUACAGAAAGCAGAGGAGCAGAAGGGAGUGAAGCAUUCAGCGCUAGAGGCCAAUGCACACUUACAAAGGGCCGUGUCUGUAGAAAAGAAGUUCUCCAAAGCAUCAAGCCACCCCAUUCCAGCCCCAGUUUCCUCAGGGUUAGUCACUUUGUCUGAGAGUGUUUGGAACGAAGCCCAGGCAGAUUUCAAACCAGGAGUUGGCUCGGAAUCCUUUUCUCUAGCUUUGCUAGCUGAAGGUGGGGAGGAUGGAGUCUUUGUGAAGGAUAAACUUGCUGAAGAAAAGAACCAUGUGCUAAACACAGACAGUGAAAGGAUCAUGGAGGAGGAAGAAGCAGCCACAGGAGGCUAUGGAGAUGUCCUUGGACAAAGGCAUGCAGAAGUUUCCAUUGAUGUGUAUAGCUCACAGUUUGAAAACAUUCUAGACAAUGCUUCUUUAUAUUAUAGUGCGGAAUCCCUGGAGACUUUAUACUCGGAACCCGAUAGUUACUUUAGUUUUGAAAUGCCACUCACUCCGAUGAUCCAGCAACGUAUCAAGGAAGGCAGUCAGUUCUUAGAAAGAACUGCUUCAGGACAGGAAGAUGUCUGUAAGCUUCCCACAAAUGGUGAGAUCAAGAGUCAAUGUGGAGAGAUCUCCAGUGGACUAAGGGAUGGAAGUGACACCCUCUUCAGAAGAGACGUCACAGAGGUUACUUAUUUGGACAGCAAUGCUGGAUUGAAAAACUCACUGUUCGACUCCACAGCUGCCAUGGGUGGCAAUGAGCUCCUGGAGAAAGAUGGCGCCGAAAACCAUAGUAAAGAUCUUAGCAAUGGCACUGACAGCAAUUUGGAAGCAGCCAGGAGGCUGGCUAAGCGCCUCUACCAACUGGACCGAUUCAAGCGCUCUGAUGUGGCAAAGCACCUGGGUAAAAACAAUGAGUUCAGCAAACUUGUGGCUGAAGAAUACCUGAAGUUUUUUGAUUUCACGGGUAUGACACUGGAUCACUCCCUCAGGAGUUUCUUUAAAGCCUUUUCACUUAUUGGAGAAACUCAGGAAAGAGAGAGAGUAUUAAUCCACUUCUCCAACAGAUACUAUCAGUGUAACCCAAACACCGUUUCUACUCAAGAUGGAGUCCAUUGUCUCACCUGUGCAGUGAUGCUGCUGAACACUGACCUACAUGGCCAUAACAUUGGGAAAAAGAUGACCUGCCAAGAAUUCAUUGCCAACCUUCAGGGGAUGAAUGAAGGCAAAGAUUUCCCCAGGGGGCUGCUGAAGGCUCUCUACAAUUCGAUCAAGAAUGAGAAGCUUGACUGGGCAGUAGACGAAGAGGAGAAAAAAAAAUCUCACUCUGAUGGCACUGAUGAGAAGGAUAGUGGACCCCAUUCAAAGGCCAUCACUCGGAUCGGCCAUUCCAAUAACCCCUUCCUGGACAUUCCUCAUGAUCCCAAUGCUGCUGUGUAUAAAACUGGAUUUCUGGCUCGUAAAAUCCAUGCAGAUAUGGAUGGAAAGAGGACUCCCAGAGGGAAGCGUGGCUGGAAAACCUUCUAUGCUGUGCUGAAGGGAACAGUGCUUUACUUGCAAAAGGAUGAAUAUAAACCAGAAAAGGUUUUGUUUGAGGAGGAUCUGAAAAAUGCAGUCAGCGUGCACCAUGCAUUGGCAUCAAAGGCGACAGACUAUGAGAAGAGGCCCAACGUCCUAAAGCUCAAAACAGCUGACUGGAGGGUCCUGCUUUUCCAAGCCCAGAGCCCAGAAGAAAUGCAGGCAUGGAUCAACAAAAUCAACCGUGUGGCAGCAAUAUCUUCUGCUCCACCCUUUCCAGCUGCUAUUGGCUCUCAGAAGAAGUUCAGUCGUCCACUGCUGCCGGCCACCACAACAAAGUUAUCUCAGGAUGAACAGCUGAAAUCACAUGAAGCUAAGCUGAAGCAAAUCUCUACCGAGCUAGCUGAGCAUCGUUCCUACCCGCCGGACAAGAAACUUAAAGGCAAGGAAGUAGAUGACUACAAACUGAAAGACCACUAUCUGGAGUUUGAGAAAAUCCGCUAUGAGAUUUAUGUUGCCCUACUGAAAGAAGGGGGGAAGGAGCUUCUGAGCAGUGGAGAAAAUGAUGGGCCAGGACUGAAGAAAUCCCAUUCGAGUCCCUCGUUAAAUCAGGAGUCUCCUGUUAGUGUCAAGGUGAAGCGAAACAUCUCCGAGAGGAAGGACUACAGGCCAGAAACACCCAGCAUCAAGCAGAAGGUCACUUAGACUGCAUGAGACAGCUGUAGAAACAGCCAUGCAGCAAAAUACCAUUGGUCAAAAGUUUCCUUUGCUAACCUGUCAUUGACAAAAACAAACCAAUGCAUCUGCCUGAAUGGGGUGGUAAUGACAUUUUCUAUUGUAUAUUUUGUUGUUUCUGUACAGAUUGUGGGAGGUGUCUUGGCUCCUCGUUUGCUUUGCCUUGUUAAUUUAUCAUCUAGCCAUUGAAGCACCUCUUUUUUUUUUUUAAAGGGGUGGGAGUGGGACUCUCUGAUUUAUUGCACAUCUCCUCCCCUUCUGUCCUCUCUCAUUGGCACGUGACUUUCAUCUCAAGUCACCUGUGACCUUUCUCCUUGCAGUGGGAAAAGGAACUGGACAAGCACUGCAGCAUAGUAAAUGCUAGCUGCAGUGACGAGAAAUGAAUUGUUGCUGAGAUGGAGCUGAGCGCUCCCUGCAGGUUAGUUAAAUUCUGACACUGCGACUGGAGAUCUCCCAGUGAUGUGAAACAUACUGGUACUUGUACUAUAGUGGUAGGAGCCGGAGGGUACUGGACUGUAUUAACUCUGGAUCCACACACACCAAGGGACUAAACAGUGAAAAUCACCGGGAACGCUGGGCAUACGGAAUUGGAACAGGUUUUUCAAUGUGAAGACUCUUUGGGGGCGCAGGGGGAGGGGGAUGCCCAAAGCCAUGUCCCUUUUGAUGAUUGAUCCAGCCAGCAUGAAUUUUAUUUUUCUAUUUCAUUAAGCAAUAGGCUGUUGUAGGUGACAACUGCUGCCUGUGUGUUGUAGUAGAAAAGGGAAUCCCACAUGUUUCUCAACAAUACGCUCUCGCGCUGCUGCCAUAUAGAGUCUUAAUAUGCAUUGUUCAUCUGCGGUUUCCCUCCAGAAUUUUUAUUCCUUUUUAGUAAGCGCAGGUAUUCUGCAGUCACUCUGAUACCAAUGGAGGUGUUCUUCUGUUCUUUUCUGAAAGGAACUCUGUUAAACGAUCCCUUGAAUUUUUCACAAGUGUUUAGAAAGAAUAUAUUGGAACAGAAGUCCUGGUGACUCAGGGACUUAAUGGAAUAGAGACUCUUUGGUCUUAGAGCCAGAAUCUGACCCCAUUCCAGUUGCUCUGUCCCUGGCAGUCACAACGAUGCAGCCAUAGGGCCAGCAAAACCUGCUCUCUGUGGAGUCUUCCUUUAAUAGCAACUCCUGGCUUCUAUAUAAGGACAUGGCCUGGGGAAAAGGGACUUGGCCAGGGUGUCUGUAGACCUCAGCUUUCCCCAGCUGCUGGAGUGGCCCUUUUGGGCUGCGGGUAGCCAGGUGUAACUUAAAGCAGCCCUGAGGGUGCCUUAACUUACACCAAGGGCCAGGAUCCAGGGAGCAUGAAGAUGACUAAGAGACACCUUUGCUUCUUCCCAGGGCCUGCCCAUCUUCCCAGGUCCCCCCAGCUCGUCUCGUCUGGGGGAUCUAAUCCUUAAUAUGCAAAGACAGCCCAGGUCAAUAUAAACUGCAGUAGGUGGCCUCGAAGAAACGUCUAGCUAUCUCAGGUCUGGUUCUUGCAGGGGCUGGUAUUUACAUCACGGAGCUCCUCACUACAGAGGGUAUACUUGUGGGCAGGCUCAGCAGAGAGGCCAAGGACUGAUUGAUUGGUCAUGGACAUCAAACCAUUCUGGACUACUAAUUUACCAGACUAGCAGGCAGUAGAGGGAGCAAUCAAGCAAGAUAAGGACCUUGCAGAGAAGCUAAAUGAUUUCUCUAUACCAGCCUCCACCACAAAGAACAACCAUGAGAUACGUACCCCAGAGCUCUAGACUGCAAUACCCAUGCUGUGCUGUCAGAGAUCGUAGCAUUGAAAGAGGAGGUGGUGCACCACGUUGAUCAUUUAGGAUGCAGUAACUCACCAGGACCCGAUGGUAUUGAUUCCAAGAGUUCCAAUGUGACUUAUGAAUGGAGUGACUGAGCUGCUCACAAACAUUUGUAAUCUGCCGUCGUCCUAGAAAUCUAGAGGAUAGCCAGUGCCUGACCUGAUUUUAAAAAUGACACUGGGAGUGACUGCAAUUCACAGAGCUGUGAGGCGGGCCGGUCAACAUUUUCCAGCAUUUGGAUUUAUUUUUUAAAAAUUACGUUAUGCUUAAAGUUAAGCACAUUGUCUAAGUGCUGCCCCGAAGAGAAACUUUCCUGAAUUAGGGCCAAAGUUACGUGCUUGAGCAACAUGCUGGGAAGUGUCAUUCCCUGUAGACGAGAGCAAGGGUAAUACACAUUGGAAGAAAUUAUUUGAACUACUCGUUGAGGGGUAGUAGAUUAGCCACUCAGGAGAAAGGCCUAGGCGCCCUGCAGCUGUUCAUUGUACAGCAGUAGUUUAAAAAAAAAAGGGCAGUAAACGAGAGGUUGAGUUAUACCGAGAGAGAGAGAGCACUAAUACUCGGACUGCUAAAUGCUGUUACAUAGGGAGAUGAUCUUGAGUCCUGCAACCAUUUCACAUCACUUCCUCACAGUAACAGUACAGCAGAAACAGAAAUGGUCCAGAGAAGUCACAAUUUGAUCCCUGCUCCACUCCCAGGGCAGUGCAGCUCUACUCUGGCCCUUACUCAAGGCAUCCAGGUACUUGUUGUGUUUGCCUUUUAAACCACCGCACUCUAUUUGUAAAGAGGUGACAAUUGCAAAUGUUUGCGUUGGCUUUUAAGAUAGUCUGGCUGUCCAUGGGUUGUGUUUGAAUUGUUGAUCUCUCCGUCACAAGCGGAAAUUCUCCCAUACAGUAUCUUUCUCAAUCUACGCAGAAACAGGAUAAUUCAUGCUCACGACUAGGGAACUCCUUGCAGAUGAGUGAAUUUCAUGCAGUUUGAAAAGUCAGACACAGUGAAUCACAAAAUGCAUUUUAUUUAUUUUGUCAAAUGCAGUUUAGUUUUAAUUAUUUAUUACGCUGCUCCAGAGCGUGUUUGUGCAUGGAUUGUGGUAUAUUUUGUAAAACGUGUCCAGUCUUAGUAAAAUGCAAUUUCACUUCAGCUUUCAGCUGUUCAAUACGCCCUGAGCUCCACCUGCAUUUUGUGAGAGUUCUGAGGUGUGCAGAUCAGUGAUCUGAGAAUUGGUGAGGUUUUAGUGUCAUUUGAAAUUCCCGCUGCUGGCUGUGUCUCUUUACAGCUGACCUGUGUCGCCGUGUCUUUUGAUAGGCUUUACUGAAACAAGUAAAGAGAAAACACAAAGGCAGAUCCUGCUGCCAUUGAAGUAAGUGGCAAAACUCCACAGACCUCACUGAGCAGGAUCAGAGUGCUGACCAGUAUUGCAGUUUGGUGUGCUUUUAACAUUACAGCAUAGCAAAGAGGUUGGGCUAGGUUCUCAGAAGGUGUAAAUCAGCACUGAAGAGACUGGAGCUAUGCCAUUUGACCCCUGACACACACAAUCCCAUCCCCCGAGAAUCUAGCUUGUUAUGUGUUGCACAUUAUUUUCAAAGUACCUUGCUUUCCAGCUCCUGGAUAUUUGCUUUUAGCAGAGAAGAUAAAUGUGUGAUUAUACUGUAUAGGUGCCCAAGUCCUUCACUGCUGUCAAGAAACAUUGCAGCUGAAGAGGUACAAGAUUGCAAAGGUCACUUUUUAAAGCCACUUCUGUGUUUCUUUUGUCUUGGGCCCACUGUGUGCCAGGCUGGUCUUCUGGUGCAAGUUAGAGCAGCCUAAAGGCUGCUGUAAAUUGCACCAGCUGCCCAGUAAUUUCAAGGGAAAAUAUGGCAGCCAGGAAUCACCGGGUAGUGAGAACCUCCAGCCACACAACCUGUUCCCAGCCAUUCCCCCAGUGCUGGCCACAGGGAGGGGACAGGGCACAGGAGCCAGUGUUCUGCUUCCAGCUAUAUCACCGGAGGAUUUCUCCACAGUGAGGUGAUUGUGACGUCCGUGAUCGGUUACCCUGGCUUCAGGGCACUGGCCCAGUGCAGGUCUAGAUUGGAUUUGAACAGGAGGUCCCUUUCUGAUAACAAGCAGCUCAGAAUAGCUGAGGAUGUCAGCAUCCAUGCAGGAUGCUUUGGAUUGUCACUCUGUAGUCAGAACUCUCAUGAUUAACCCUUUGCACUCACCUCCAAGGAGCUACACUGACCUGGACAGAGAGGUGCCGUGCUGUGCUCUUAGGGUUUGCUCUUGCUCACUCGAAGGGCAGUGUGCAGGGGACUCCCAAAUCCUGGGUGUUUCAGCAUGUGCAGUACCUCUUGCCCAAUGAGGCCUCCACCUCCCUUGCUUUCAUGUAGACUUUCCCCAGGCUUUUCUCCUGCAGAUUCUAAUCCUGAUGCCAUAUCUCAGGCCAGUCUCCGACUGAAGGCAUUGGGAUUGCUGCGUGAGAGUGUUGGGAUUGGGCCCGUGGCAGGGCUGGCUAGCUCUGCAACAUUACAGCUCAUGGGGUGCGCUCCAGGGGCUAGAGUAGCCAUUCUAAACUGGUGGGGGAGGGGGAGGCACCUGCUGGGUCCUGUCUGCCAGUGGACAGCUGCAAUAAUCCCAUGGUCAUUAGGCCCCAGCAGGAGCCUGGGUCUCUCCCUCCUGCUGAGGCUCCUUCUCCUUCUCUUCCUCUAUCUAUCCAUCCAACCUGAGAACAGCUCUUCCCCACCCGUCCCACACAGAGACCACGGGCUGGGCUCCAGGGAAGGGGAGCUGCUCCACAGCCCCUUGGAGCAGAACUUCCCACCUUCCAGCAUUGGUGGUGUGGGGGAAUGGGGGAGCAAGGACAGAGAAGCAAAACCAGCACCUGCCCUCGGCCCCCUCCCCAAGACCACAAGCUGCUAAACACACACACACACACCCCUUUUCUAACACACACACACACCCCUUUUCUAACCCACAACCACCCAAACGGGCAAAAUAUCCCAGAACCCGAAUCCCAUAAUCCUUUGCAAAUGGAAAGGAUUCUGGGGUUUGGUGCAUGGGAUGAGUCUGUAGGUCAUGGCUGAGAGUUGCUGGGCUGGCGCGCACGUGUGUGUGUGUGUGUGUGUGUGUAAAUUAAAAAAAAUCUGGAGCGUGGCCAAUCUCCACCCAGGCCUGCAGCCUUUUAGACCAGCUUGUACAUUGUUAGCUCAGUUGUUGUCAGUAGGUGGGUAACUCAGUCAGCUGAGGAAUAAUGUAGUUGAGCUGUUGGGACUAUGGUUUCAUUGAAACUUAGAUUCAAACUAUUUCUCAGAUUCUUGAUAGUUUGGAAAUUGUUAAAAGAAUUUUCCCAGGGCCCAGUGUUUCCUCCUCCUUUGAGGAGUGUCCCUGGGAAUGCUCCAUGUGAGGGGUGCAUGCCCCCCGGACGCCUGAGAUUGGAGAUUUUUGGCAGCAGUGCUUAUAUGGUCCACACAUGCACCCUCGCUAUCCUCAUGUCCCGUGCCGAGGAUAAUAUGGGGUUGCGACAGACGAGCCACCCUCAGUUCUUUCUCGACCACCUGGCCAGAGCGGAGUGUUCAUAGUGCUAGCCGUUAUGGGCUUUUCACUUCAUGCCUUGUGGAAGACCUCCUGUUUGUUGGGUGCGGUGCAUUCAGGCUCAAGAUCACGGAGACACUCUAGAGAGUAAAAGACACGAAGGCCAUUGCUAAGCCUCUGGGAUGUUGCACAGGCAUGUUAGGCUCACAAGGGGGAGAAGUUUUUCUCUCUAGUGGAGCAGAGACUCUGUUCACAUUCUGCAGCCCCAUAAUCUGCUUUGGACUUUUUACCAUAGUUAACCACUCUUGGUUUCUCCUUGUCUCCUAUCAUGGUGCACUUGUCUGCCACCUCAGUGCAUCGCCUGCCAGUGGAUGGUUCUGCUGGUCUCUCUCCUUUCAUGGUGAGGCCCCAGGCUGGUGCUGGCAAGGUUGAUGAACUCCCCCAUUUGAGCCCUUGGUGGUGUGCUCAUUCUGUCUGCAAUGAAAGGCUGCAUUUUCAAUCAUAAUUACAUCUGGGAGGAGAGUGACUGAGUCCCGGAUUCCUGGGGCUCUUCCUCCUUUCCCUGUAUUCCACACGGACACAGCUGUCCUGCAGCCUCAUUCCAGAGUUAGAGCGAAGAAGGUGUUUUCCCUGAAAGACACUUAAUAUCCCAUGUUCUCUUCCCAAAGCCUCACUCUUACCCAGGGGCACAUGCAGCCCAUGCUGUCAAGAGGGCUUGGAGAUUUUAUUUUGUUAGGCAGUUAGGAAGCAGAGAGGCAUUUUGUGACUUUUGGGGAUCAGUGUGAAUGGGAUGCCAUUUCCACUCAGUACCUGUCUAAGUAGAUAUACCUGUGCCUUGAGACAUAUUAGCUAGGCUAUCCGAACAUGAGCUUUUGGGGCUGUUUUUCUGAGCAUUGAUGACUUGCUUAGCAGUAUUUCAUUCAGAGAAGUCUACCGGGCUGCUGCCUGCAUAAACAUUCACCCAGUGCUGCUUUCUCAGCUUGGCAUCUACAUCUCAGGCUUGCUCUUGGUAGGGCAGUUCUGAAGCCCGUGUGUAACUCUCUGAGGUCUGUAUGGAACGUGUCCUGGGCUCAACUAGAAUUCUUCAGCCCACACUCCUGGACUUGUUCAGCUCUUGACGACCCCAAAUGGGACUAUGAAGAGGCCUAGAGAAGAAAGGAGCUAUUUCCAUGGUUACUCGUAGCUCAUGAUGAGCAUUGCUUCUGCCUAUUCACACUCCCUGCCUACCUUCCCUUUUGCCUUGGAGUUCUUGGGGUGUUUGAAAAGACACUCAAGAAACCAAAGCUGCUGUUACUAUGCAAAAUAGCCAUUUAUGGCCUAGUGGAAAGGGCACUGGAUUGAGACUCGGGAGACCUGGAGUCCAUCCGUAGCUCUCCUACUGACCUGCUGAGUGACUUUGGGCAAGUCACUUCACUACUCGGUGCCUCUGUUUCCCCAUAUGUAAAACAGGGAUAAUGAUACUGUCCCCCUUUGUAAAGUGCUUUGAGAUCUACAGGUGGAAAGAGCUGUUUAAGAGCUAGGUUUUAUAAUUCCCUGACACUUUUUUCUUUUCCCAACACAAUACAAUGCUUCUUAUUCAAUACUGUGAGUUAAUAAGAGCAAGGAAAAAUGUGGUAUAGGGAAACCUGGCUUAAUGCAGGCGAAUGAUUCUGACGCCGAUUGCAAAUGACUGAAUGUUGCUCAUUAGCAUGGGAACAAAUAAUGCAAUAUGUAAGGCUCACGCACCGUAAAAUGUAACUUGUUCAUUUCUCUUGUUGACAGCACUGAGGUUUAGCUUUGAUUAUUUAUUAUAACACUCCAUAGAUUAGUAGGAGAAGUGGGUUGGAGCUUUCUAAAGUGCUCAACAUUGUCCUUUCUCUGCUCCCACUGUCUAUGGGAGCCGGAACAGGCCAACACAGAGUGGUUGGGAAAAUCCCACCUGUAAAGUCAGUAUAUUUUGUAAAAAUAGUGAAUUCUUAAUAAUCACACACACCCCAUGGCACCUGCUAUUCCAUGUCUGCUGAGAGCUGGGUAGAUAGAGAACAACGUUUUAUUUGUACGGUGUAUAAAGCAUGGGACUUAGCACUGUGAGGAUUAAUGAUGUUUUAAGGGUGUAAUAAAAAGAUGAAAAAAAGGGCAGCAUUUUUGUCUUGCUCAAUCCAUUGUUAAUUAGUAGUAGCUCUCUGGAGAAACACCAGUUUUACUGAUAACAUAAGGGAGCUCCGAACCAAGCCUUUUAUUGGGCAAAUUUCAAAAAAGUAGGCAAGAUUCUCAGUUCUGCAAUGGGCCAAAUGAAUCCCUGGUGUAACUCCACAGCAUUCAGCCAAAUUACAGCAGAGAUUCAUUUGACUCAGUGCCUUCAUCUGAUCUGAUAACACCACCUGCUGAGAAAAGGGUGAUUCUUGAAAUCCAGCCUGAAUCACUUUAAAAAUUAGGAGAGACUUUCAAAAGGGCCUAAAUACAAAGCCCCCUUGACUUUCAGUACUAAAUCACUUACACACGUUUGAAAAUUCCACCCAGAGUCCAAUAAACUUCCAAAAAUCUAUAGGCUGGAAAUGCGACCAGUUUGUAUUUGUGUGUGUUUUAUUGUAGUUAGAACUUCUCACAUAGGGUGGUCUGAUAGCACUGUGUAACUUGACUAAAUCCAGUGGCAUGGAUACAGAACAAGAAUUUCUUGGCAGCUUUAAAGUUCGGAGAUUACUGCUCAUCUCACGAAGUUAAAGUGAGCAUCCAGUACCUGUUGAGUGUGUUUAAGCAGUGAGCGUGUGUGAAUGUGGGUGUGGUUCUUAUGCAAUGUAUGGCUUCUGUGAUCAAACUCCGCAAAGGUUAUUCUUUUCCGAUGCUUCGGUUUUGUCCAGACAGUGUAAUGGCUAUAAACAGCAGGCGUGGGUUGUUUCAGCCAGUUGAACGGUUGUUAAAAGCUUUUGUAGGUUUAGCGUUUUUCUCAAUCCAGCCUUGCCGUGGCAUGUUCUGCAGAAUCAUAGAAUCAUAGAAUAUCAGGGUUGGAAGGGACCUCAGGAGGUCAUCUAGUCCAACCCCCUGCUCAAAGCAGGACCAAUCCCCAAUUAAAUCAUCCCAGCCAGGGCUUUGUCAAGCCUGACCUUAAAAACUUCUAAGGAAGGAGGUUCUACCACCUCCCUAGGUAACGCAUUCCAGUGUUUCACCACCCUCCUAGUGAAAAAGUUUUUCCUAAUAUCCAACCUAAACCUCCCCCACUGCAAGCUGUUGGGUGCUCAGGAAAUUUGAAAAAAAAGUAAUUUCUUUAGGAGCAUAGAGAUCAGUUGUGGGGUGGGAGUUGAAAAAGCUCUCGACAUUGGGCUAACUCUGCUCUUGUUGUUGUCAUCCACUGCCUUAAAAGGGAGCAAAGUUAGGCCAUCACUGAGCACUUUUGCAAAUACCUACCUAUGAGCCUAAUUUAAGGCUCCCAUUGUUUAAAGAAAUCUUGGCCAAGUUCUGUGAAUAAUCCACAUGGGGUAACAUUUUCAAAAAUGCCUUAGUCACUUGGCUGCCUAAAUGUCAUUAGACUUCUAGGUCACUUAGGCCCUUUUGAAAAUGUUACCAGGCUGUCGUGGUUUUGCAAGAGUGGUGGGGAUUUACUGUAACAAUUGCAGAGAUAUGUGUAAGAAUCCAUGUGGUUGAUAAGUUACAAAGAGUGGCAGGGGGAAGUGUCAGCUGUGAGCAUUUCAAGUGGUGCCCUCAGGUUUCCUUUGGAAAGUGUGAAACAGUCGAGGGAUUUUUAGCCCAAAUAAAUAUGUAAUAAAAUCCAUUGGGUUUGCAGAAUGAUAUCAGAGUCAGUGUUGCAGUUUGUAUGAUGUUGGAACGACCUGGAUUAAACCAGUAGAGGAGGAAUGGAGAUUUAGGGCUAGAUUCUGCCCUGAAUGGCAAAGCACUUAAGCAUGAACUUAACUUUAAGCACAUGAGCAGCUUCAGUGAAGUCAGGCCUAAGUGCUUUGCUGGAUCAGGGCCAGAGAGCUUGCAUCUUACAGGACUGAAAACUUAGUGGAGUAGACUCCAACUGAGGAUGAAAUGACAAGGGUAAAUCCCAUCAACUUUGGUCGGGCCAGCCAGGAUCCUGGGCUCCCUGUAUCAGGGAUCUGAGAUGUUUCUUUGGCGUCCACCCUGUGUGGGAUAAUGUAGUGAAAUGGGGUGGCUCAGCAGUCUCCUGCAGCCUUUAAAGAGUCCUCAUUGACCCACUGUGACCACACGGUUAUGGCUGAGACAUUGCAGUGAUUUCUCUUCCCUUAGACCAGGAAAUCAGUGUUGAACUCUCAGUCAUCAGUCACUGUGGGGGGCUUGUGUGGAAAUGUUCGCUUUUAAUGGUAGCCUUCUGCCCCAGCACUUCAGAGAACACUCCACACAGAAACAUGCACCUCCGCAGCUAAGCUAUCACCUUGAUUUAGAUCAAAGCUUAUUGGAAUAAUGCUCUACAGUGUUCAGGAACAGGCAGGACAGGGCCAGAGAGAGCCCCUGGGUGGGGCCCAGCAGUAAACCCUGCUGUUUACGUUGUCUCUGGAUACUGCUCUGUGCUCUUUGCUAGUAUAGGAUCUUUAUAAUCCCUUUAUAAUCUCACUUGUUUUCCUUUUACUAUUGAGACGCCAGUGGAUUUGUUUACAUGGCAGGCAGUUUAGUCCAUCGUCACUGCUCUCUGGAGAGCCACUCUGUCUGUAAUGGAGCAGUGCUGAGGUUCUCUCCAGCCCUUCUCCACGGGAAUAAAUCCUGCUGCUCUGACCCUUGGGGCAGGCCCUAUUUAAGGUCUAUGCUGGCUCUCCCCACCAAGGGUAAAUUUCUCUAUAUAGAGGCCCUAUUUCACAUCUGUGGUCAAAGAGCCAGAGGUAUGCAGACCUGAUUGAGGCCCCAAAUCAUGAAAGCAUUUCAGCAAGUGCUUAAGCGCCACCGAUGUACGUGGGACUUAAUCACGUGCUUUCCCGACUAGAGCUGCUGUCCUGAAUCAGGGCCUUUGCUGUUUUCUAACGGUACCAUAGGAUGCCCUUGGAUUUCCUAUUCUAGUCUAUGUGACAGGUACUAGAAUGAUAAUUCCUCGUAAAUGAAGGCACUUAUAGACUGUCCUGUCUCCCUGGGGAAAGGACUCGUGGCUAUUGUUAUAUCGUUUAAAUAAUAUUUUGAAAUGAAGUUUACAUUGCUUUGUUUUUCCUCUGAGGUGACUGUAUAUAAAUAUUUCCCUCUCUUUGAGCAUAGCUGGAGUAAGCAGACAAAUAAUUUGCCUCUGAUGUAUUGAAACUGUGAGAUCUAGUUCUCUCUUGUGUACACGUUCACGAUUAUAACUCUUGUUCCUCUGUGUUUUAUAAGGCGGGAUAAUGUUGCUUCAGGGUAACUACAAGUCUGCAGCCUUCUGAAUGAUUUUUGUGUGAUUGAAAUCGAGCAAAGCAGUGAAGGAUUUCACACAUGUAUAUGAUAUAUGUAUAUGUACAAACUUUAGAAAGAAAUAAACCAAAUGUAUUUCA